AUGGCGCCACCCAAGUUUGACGUCACCGUUGAAAAGGAGGGCAGUAUCCUCGGCUUUUUGUCUCGUCAGUGGAAUGUCAUCCCCGAAGCUGUCACAGAUGUCAACCUCGCCGGCAAGACGGCCGUCAUUGUCGGAGCCAACUGCGGUGUCGGCCUCGAAGUGGCUCGCCAGUUUCUGAACCUCGGCUUGAGCACGCUCAUCAUCGGUGCCCGUAGCAAGGAAAAGGCCACGGCGGCCAUCGCAAAUUUGAAAAUAACUUGUGGAGAUGAUGCUUCCAUUCAGACAUGGCCAGUUGAUCUAGCCUCAUACGAUUCUGUCGUUUCUUUUGCCCGCCGCACAGAGACCCUCGACCGCAUGGACUACGUGGUGCUGAAUGCGGGCAUGUGCGCCACCACGUUCAGGAUCAACAAAAGUACCGGUCAUGAGGAGACAAUCCAAACCAACUACCUCUCUUUGGCUCUACUAGCUGCUUUGCUGCUGCCCGUUGCAAAGGCGAAGCGCGGUGCCCAAGGCGGAGCCCCAACGCGCAUCACCUUUACCUCGUCGGAUGUAGCCAGCUGGACGUCCUUCAAGGAAAUGUUCCAUAUACCAUUGCUUCCGGCUCUGGACAGGGGGGCUGCCGACUUGACAGACCGAAUGAUGGUAUCCAAGCUUCUUGGGCAGUUUUACAUUGCGGAGCUCGCCAGCAGAGUGCCGAGCUCGGUUGUUACCAUCAACUGCGCGACGCCCGGCAUGGUGCACGGGACGCAGUUCAACCGCGAGGUGGACAAGACGUUCGGCGGUAAGCUGGUGAAGCCUCUACUUCGGCGUCUUGGUUAUACUGCCGAGGUUGGUGCGCGCAACAUCACAGACGCUGCACUUCAUCACGACAAUGAAGCCACGCAUGGCCAAUAUCUCUCGACCCAGAAGUUGAAGCCAAUGGCACCAAUAAUCUACACUGAAGAGGGCGGUAGAAUCUCUGCCCAGCUCUGGCAAGAGACCAUGGCGGAGUUUGCUUUUGCCAACGUGGAACACAUCAUUAACAGUAUGGGCGAAGAAAUGUAA